GUGGCGUGAGACGUGGGAGGGAGGGUGUGCUCCCGCGAGAACUCUGCCUUUCGGCCCGUGGCUUGUGUCCGGCAGUGCCUCGUCCUCGGAAGGUCCCCUCGGGUCGCCCGGAGCGGCACUUAGAGUUGGAACAAUGAACAGAAUGAGUACCUCACAGGACCAGAGUGGCUGCUCCGGUAAUAGAGAACCCCUUUUGAGGUGUUGUGAUGCACGGAGGGACUUGGAGCUUGCUAUUGGUGGAGUUCUCCGAGCUGAACAGCAAAUUAAAGAUAACUUGCGAGAGGUCAAAGCUCAGAUUCAUAGCUGCAUAAGCCGCCACCUGGAAUGCCUUCGAAGCCGUGAGGUGUGGCUUUAUGAACAGGUAGAUCUCAUCUAUCAGCUUAAGGAGGAGACACUUCAGCAGCAGGCCCAACAGCUCUACUGGUUACUGGGUCAGUUCAACUGUCUUAUUCAUCAGCUGGAGUGUACCCAAAACAAAGAUCUAGCCAAUCAAGUUUCUGUGUGCCUGGAGAGACUGGGUAGUUUGACCCUCAAACCUGAAGAUUCGACUGUCCUACUCUUUGAAACAGACACAACUGCUUUGCGCCAGGCCAUCACCACAUUUGGGUCCCUCAAGACCAUCCAAAUUCCUGAGCACCUGAUGGUUCAUGCUGGUUCAUCAAAUAUUGGGCCCUUCCUGGAGAAAAAAGGCUAUAUCCCAUUGCCAGAGCAGAAGUCAGUAUCCAGCACCACAGCUGUCCCUCUCAGCGAAUGGCUCCUUGGAAGCAAACCUGCCAGAGGUCAUCGGUCUCCUUACAUACCCAGCACCAACCUCCAGGACUGGCUUACCCAAAAGCAGACCGUGGAGAAUAGUCAGACUUCUGCCAGAGCCUGCAAUUUCUUCAGUAAUGUCUGGGGCAACCUAAAGGGCUUGGAAAACUGGCUCCACAAGAGUCAGCAACAAGAAGUUCCUGAAAAACCAAGUUACCAGAAGUGUAACAGCUAUUCUACCACUAGUUCUUACUCCACUGAGAUUGAAAAGGUUGGUGAUCUAGAGCUUCUUGAUCAAGAUGAGAUGGACCUUUCUGAUUGGCUGGUGACUCCCCAGGAAUCCCAUAAGCUAGAGAAGUCCAGGAAUGACAGCUGUGAAACCAGUGAGAAGUUUAAGCUCUUGUUCCAGGUGUUCCAGGAGUCCUAUAGUGUGAAUGAUUGGCUUGUCAAGCCCGAUUCCUGUACCCGUUGUCAGGGCAACCAGCCCAAAGGUGUGGAGAUUGAAAACCUGGGCAAUUUGAAGUGCCUGAAUGACCACUUGGAGGCCAAGAAACCCUUGUCCACCCCCAGCAUGAUUACUGAGGAUUGGCUUGUCCAGAACUGUCAGGACCCAUAUAAAGUAGAGGAAGUAUGCAAAGCCAAUGAGCCCUGUACAAGCUUUGCAGAGUGUGUGUGUGAUGAAAAUUGUGAGAAGGAAGCUUUGUGUAAAUGGCUUCUGAAGAAAGAAGGAAAGGAUAAAAAUGGUAUGCCUGUGGAACCAAAACCUGAGCCUGAGAAGCAUAUAGAUUCCCUGAAUAUGUGGCUCUGUCCUUCCAGAAAAGAGGCAACAGAACAAGCUAAGGUACCAAAAGCAAUGGCUCCUUCUAGAAUUGCUGAUUCCUUCCAAGUCAUAAGGAACAGUCCCUUGUCAGAGUGGCUCAUCACACCCUCAUGCAAAGAAGGAUAUCCCAAGGAAGUGCCUAGUACCGAGGACAGAGCUGGCAAACAAAAUCUUAUGAGCCCCGUGGCCACUUCUUGGUGUCCCUUUAAGACAGCUGACUGGGUCUUGCCAGGAAAGAAGACAGGAAACCUCAGCCAGUUAUCCUCAGGAGAAGACAAGUGGCUACUUCGAAAGAAGGCCAAGGAAGUAUUACUUAAUUCACCCCUACAGGAGGAAUGUAACUUUCCCCCAGACCGUUAUGGCCUUCCAGCAGUUUGUGAUCUCUUUGCCUGUAUGCAGCUUAAAGUUGAUAAAGAAAAGUGGUUGUAUCGAACUCCUCUACAGAUGUGAAGGAAUGAAGUACCAUUGUCAAGCAACUUUUCUGCAGAUUAUCACACAUCCAUGAGCCGAGUGACUGUGGCUUGCUAAAUCUUUAUGUUUCUGGGUCUGACCAGUCAGCUUAGUUCCUUUCCUGCCUAAUUUUGAACUAGUGAAGAGAAAUAAGUCAUCAAAUUAUGAGUUACUCUGUAAAAGAAAAAGGCUGUUGAUUGAUGCUGAGGUGAUUCAGUUCCUUCUUACAGAAGUAUUAACUUAAUUCACCCCUAUGCUAGAAACAUGGCAUCUUUGUGGAUAGGUCUUUUUCAUAAGCCUCCAUGGCUCCUUAGAUUGGGUUGUUACUAGAAGUACAUUAAGACACUGUAGUUUAAAAAAACGAAAUAGUUCUUUAAUCAAGGUAUGUUGUGGUAUUCUAAAGCUAGUUAACUUCUCUAACCUUUUGACUGCCCUUUAGAUGCUUCCCUUGCUGUGGGUUUCCUUCCAUUAGUGGUAGAAAUAAUGAUUCUUCUGUUUAAUAAUUAACCUUGCCAAUAUAGUGAUUUUUUUCUUACCAAAUGUGUAUAACAAUCUUGGCAGUUUUGAAAUGAAUUAUAAAACAUUUUAGCCUACAUGUUAGAUUCUACAUUAGUUUUCUUCUUUUGAAAGAAAUUCGGCUAGUGCACAUUUUGUCUUGAUUCCCUUCUCUAAAUGUUAUUGAAGUAUCUAGUGAGCUCUUUUAAGAAGGGCUCUGUAUUGCUUCAAGACUAUAUUCAGGGUAGUUGUAGCCUCUUUCAAACUAUUCUGAAGAACUACAGGCACAAGAGCCCCAGUGCCAACUAAUUAAAGAGCAAAAGGCAAGACAUGUUGGAAAUGUAGUACUUGAAAUAUUCACUAGCCUAAGGGUUACUGGUGCAUCCUGUGUAAAGGGAAGCUGAGCUUCACACCUGGUGCUUUCAACUAGGAAUAAAUGAAACAUCCUCUCACUGCACGCAUAGUAUACCUGUACCUCUAAAAGUAUAAUGCAGUGACGUUUUAGUGAACAGGCCAUUUUGAACACUUGUGCCUUGGGGUGUUUAUUGAAGCUUUAUGGAAACUAUUGAUGUUUUCUCAAUAUCCUUAAAGUCAUGUCCAUGCUUUAAAGUUUCUCUGUAGGAGAGAAAUGGGAUUUAUAGUUUUUAAAUUCUCUGCGAUAUCUUAGCUGCUUUCCAGGCUUUUACACACAUUAAGCCACUUGACUUGCCUGUGUUAUUGGAAAUAACUUACAAAGUCUGAGAUAUGGUCCUCUAGAAAGCCCUUUUGGGGAAGCUUCAGAAUCUGUGUCCUUGCCAUGCAGCUUCAUUAGAAUUCUUGAACCACAGCUGAAAAGAGCCUCCUAUUAUUUUUUAGUACCCUGAUACCAUUUAGAACUUUAAUAAAGGUGGUGGUAAAAACUUAAGGAGCCUUUCCAUUAUCUUAGGUCGCAGGAAACUUUAUAGUUUUUGAGGCUUAACACCACUUGUAGUCCUAAAUUUAAUCACUAUGCUAAUAAGUAUGUAAAACAUUCUUUUGCAUUGAUGCAUUUUGUACCUCCCUCCAUUAAAAGCAUAACAGCCA